AUUACGUCACGAUAAAAGAAUUUAGUUACCUAGUAUCCCUGUUAAGCAAACGGCACUCUGUCAUGGCGACUAGACGUUGGAAAAAUUAAGUUCAAUUAAGUCAUCUACAUCAAGUUGAAGAAUGGAAUUCUAGAGUAUAGGGAAGCUACAAAUUACAGGGCUGUAGAAAGGUGCAAUGGAUUCCAAUGACAGCGAGCGGACGUCAGAACUCUUGUCAACAUAUUUGGACCGGCAUUUCCCAGGUACAAAGGAGGAUGUAGACAUUAGGAGAACGACGCAGCUUGUAAUGGAACAAGCAGUCAAAUUUGGCGGUACUGAGACAUAUCUAUUUUAUGGCGGAAGUCGUGUUGAAGGAUUCUAUCUAGCCGAUUCCGAUUUUGACAUGAUGCUCAUAGACAGAAAUGUUACAGUUCUACUCUCUGGUCAGUGUAUUCCUACAAACAGGGCACGUCAUACUUCCCUGUACAUGAGACAGGGCGAGUGUCGACCUGGAUAUGUCAACUUAUUGCUCGGUCAGUUAGGACAGCAUCAGAGUCAUGUAUUACUUAAUUCACUGGUUCCAAUGGAGAACAGGUCGUUUGUGUCAAGUGACAUAUACAGAGAACAAUUUGUAUCAUAUAUGAAUUCAGAUGAGGGUCAUCUGUUUGAAUCGAAUGGCCCCAGUUGUACUACAAAGUCAGUGUCGUUUAGUAUGGAUUUGGUUCCUUGUUUUCCUAGUAACGGAUGGCCUAGACAGGCCCAUGAAUGGAUAACCCGUACACGACUGUAUGGCUGGCCACAUCAAACUUUGAUUGACAGGAUCGUGAGGAGUGGCUGUCAUGUUGUCCCAGUGGGCGACAAAUGUUCCGAAGACACAUUGUUACAGUGGAGAAUAUCAUUUAUUUCAGCAGAAAGAAAGUUAGUACACUCUUUCAGCCACAUUCAGUUCAAAGUUUACUUUUUACUGAAAUAUUUCUUAAAACAAUUAAAGCACUUGCUGAAAGAGGUAAUUGGCGAUGAUGAUAUAUUGUGUUCCUAUUUUCUGAAAACAGUCCUUUUUCAUGCCAUUGAAAACUCCGAUCAAAAUUUCUGGCAAGACAAAAACUUAUUCAACUGUUUCUGGCUUUGUUUCAACAUUCUUAUAGCUUGGGUCAAGGCAGGAUACUGUCCCAACUACUUCAUCCCAGCAAACAACUUGUUCAAAAGAAAGAUCCAUGGACAAAAUCAACAAAGAUUGUUUAAAAUUUUAAACGAAUAUCAACUGCUGAAAUGGGGUUGUCUUCCUGUUGGAAAAUUCUCUCGGCCAUUAUUGUUGCAAUAUCUUGCAACAUUACAAGAUAACCUGGUACAACCUGAAUCAGUUCAUGAUGCUGUCCUCCGUCGGGAUAAGUCCGUUGUGAACCAUUUACGAAAUUUGCAUUUCCCAGAAAGCAGGUCCUUGAAAACAAUAGUUGGAAUGUUGAACUUACUAUCAAAAUCUGAGUCAGCGUAUGCUGAAAUAAUCUCGUACUACUAUGCUAUACAUAUCCUGUAUGAAAUCGCAAUUGAGCAGGUUUACCCAGAUCACAUGAAUGCUAUCAACAACAAGACCAGUUAUAAGAGUCUGAAAAAGACAAAAUACUGGAUGAUACCAAGGGCCUCGAUGGGGACAGAGCUGUUGUACUUGGCUACAUUCCACUUCAAAACAGGAAACUACGGUAAAUCCCUGGAGGUUAUCAGACAAAUAAUGCGUCUAGCAUCAUACUUCUCAGAUGAUACAGAAAAGCUAACACCAGAACAGGAAGUACUUUAUACCGUUGGAGAUUGUAGCCCAGGCAACCCUUCAAUCCAAAAGUUGAGAAAAGUAUUUACAAGAUCAAUUUCCUUCACGUUUGGACAAGAACAGUUCUGUCUUCCUCAUCUUCAAUCAAAACUAUCAACACAAUGUCUCCACAUCCCUCCACUUCUGUACGCUAUCUUCUUGUCCUUCAUGUGCUGCCACGAGCUCGGAGACACCAACGAACGUGAUAGAGCACUACGUUACCUGAUCGUAACAAAAUAUAAUGAUCUACAAGGAGGUCAAAGACACUGGAUUGUGCACACCCUCCUGGGAAUCUGCUAUCAAACCCUUGGGGACAACCGCAGGGCUAUCAGGUGUUUCGAAGACUCUGCGAAAACGGAGGCGGGUUUCCAUGUAUUCGGCUAAGGACAGGAUACAGGCGUUGAAAGAAUCCGAUCGUCGCUUAAUAUACGAGUUCAUGUUGGGAUCAAACAAUGCAAUAAAAGAUAUGAAAUGAGCAGUUGAAUUCGUGUUAUUAUCCUUCAGUUGCGCGUAUUACAGGAUAUACGAUCGUGUAGUUCUCGCGCGCUCGAGUUUCCCAUUUUAUAUUUCCUGUAAUCCGAGACGCUUUAGCAAAAUGGACGAACACAACAGACUAACGCAAGACUAAAACAGAUACCAACAAUUGCGCGUCAACCUGAGCAUCUUUAAUAUUUGUGCGUUUGCUUUAUUUCUGUAUUAUAUCAUAUUUCUUGCCAUUGUGGUAGGAAAAAACGAUUAUUUGUGUCUUUUCGAUGAAUCAUCAUGUGUUGCAAGGGUGAAACAUAACCAAUCUCGGAGAAACUUAGGAUCGUGCUUCCUUCAAGCAAGGCCAAUAUAUAUACAAAGCAUCGUACUUCUCAUAGGAUGAAAAAUACUGAUCUUCUUCUGUUGGGAAAUACUCCAAUAGUUGAUUCUAAGAGGGCUCUAAAAGUCAAAAUUGUUAUGAGGUUGUGCCAGGCAUCAUUGUACAAGGCCUGGGCAUCUUCAACUCAAGUUAAUAUUCUGCACCAUCCGAAAUUUCACGAACAACCGGAACGAUUCUCCUAGGCAAAGGGGAAGCAACUCUUUGUUGUAGAGUAAUAUAAAUGUCACGAAAAAUGAAAACGAUAAAUAAAAAUGUAUACAAAAAAUCACAAACAUAAUAAUACUUGAAAGCGUUUGUACCACUGAAAAUGAUUCUUGAAAAUAGAAUGUAUAUGAGGUAAACAAAUAAUUGAAUAAUUAAAAAAAGGUAUCCUUCUUUUUCAAUAGCUUUUGUAAUGUUAUAUAAAAUAUGAAAACACUUUACAAGCACGUGUAUUAUUCUCUUGGAUAUAAAUGUUAAAAAUUUAUUGAUAUACCAGAAUCUGUUUUAUGUCGAAUUUCACAUAUUUACAAAAGCAUUAGUAUUGGGUUGGUUUUUUUGGUAUUUUUUUCAAAAUGUAAGCUCGAUUUCCUAACAUUGCGAUAUAAAACGUAGCAACACGGGGUUCUUUUAUUCCAAUUUCAUGUACAAGUUUAGCUUACGCUCCUUAACAUUUGCCUUCUUAUUUAGUUGAUAAGGUUUUGCAUCCAAAAUUUGUAAUUUUCUAAAUCGAUGCCUGUUCCCUUAUGCUGUAUUCAGAGAUAUUUUAGAACACUUCGAGAAUGUUUAUUUUUUCUAAUCCCCUAUGAGUACUUAAUCGACAAAAUGGCUGAAUGAUUCAAUAAAUAUUUAC